UAGCAACCCCGCCCACAGCAGUGAUUAUUGUGUCAGGUAUUGAGAAACUCGGUCGGGUUUACCUCUUUUUUUAACCCUCAAGAUCUUUGUGAAUUGUUGGGAACGGUUGGAAGUGGAUUUGACCCGGGUUUGGAGCGGGUUUGUAACGGAUCCGGACCGCUGGGAAAACAGAGAAGGAGGGAAAGUUUGCUUCAGCUUUAUGCUCACGCGCCAACAUCAGUCAUGUUCAGGUAGAGAUCGACUCAACAGCGCCCAACCAUGCGGAGGCAUCUAGACAGGAUCCGGUUCCGAGGCCAGAGACGAGACGAGUUCCAGGAUCUGGCCGAGUCUCCAAACACGUCCGACACAGAAAGCGCAGACGAUGUCGGGCUUAAGCCUCAAGCCUCCAUCAUAGAGUCUGUGGAGCUGAGGGAUGUGGAGGGCGAGCAGCAGAGUGACGCUCAGGCUGGUCCGGGCUCAUUUUCUGCAGCUCUCCAAGAUGACACCAAGACAGAUCUCAACGAAGUCAAAGGUCACCUAGAAAUCGCCUUGUUAGAGAAACAUUUCUUACAGGAGGAGCUUAAAAAACUUAAAGAAGAGUCCAACGUGGACUCGCUGAGGCAGGAGCUGGAGAAGGAACGCAGCAGAUGUCUCGAGCUGGAGCAGAAGGUGAACGACGUCCUGAGAUCCAGCCUUGAAGACUCGCCGCCUCUGGCACCCAGAGCCCCGCCCCCUCCUCCACCUGCAGUCAGCAGCACAGACAAACAGAAGGACACUUUGUCCGACAGCUGCCUGAAAUGGCUCUACGACCGUUACGGCGUUUACAUCGAGGAUUUCCGAUUCCAGCAGGAGGAGCAUACGGUGGAGACGGAGGAGCCGCUGAGUGCCAAGAGGUUGACUGAAAAUAUGAGACGUCUCAAACGAGGAUUCAAACCUGUGACAAACUUCAUGAGGAAUCUUUCUGCCUUAUCCAGCUGGUACUCCGUCUACACAUCGGCCAUCGCCUUCAUCGUCUACAUGUACGCAGCGUGUAACGGCUGGGCCAUCCCCAUGUUCCUGUUCCUUGCCAUCCUCCGCCUCUCUUUAAAUUAUCUCAUCGCCAGGGGCUGGAGGAUCCAGUGGAGUAUUGUACCUGAAGUCUCCGAGCCCGUGGAGCCGCCUAAGGAGGACCUGACCGUGUCUGAGAAGUUCCAGCUGGUUCUGGACGUCGCUCAGAAAGCUCAGAAUCUGUUCGGGAGGAUGGCUAACAUCCUGGAGAAAAUAAAGAAUUUGUUCAUGUGGGUUCAGCCAGAGUUGACCCAGAAGCUGUACAUUGGUCUGUGGGUGGCCUUCAUCUCCUCCUGCCUGCUGCCGUACAAACUGCUGGGAUUCAUCAUGGGUGUGUACGCAGGUAUAAAGUUCUUCAUCAUCGACUUCAUCUUCAAGAGUUGUCCGAAGCUGAGGCAGCGCUUCGACACCCCCUUCAUCAUCUGGACCAAUUUACCCACCGACCUGCAGCUGAAGGAGCGCAGCAGCAUCACCAUGAGCAGACGGGUAACCGCCACGGGAGGUCGUGGCAGUCUCGGCGCCGCAGCACCUCUGGGUGUCGGCCGCGACGAGGACGGAGGGCGAAACUACAGCACCAAGAGAGGAGCUUUUCAUGAAGUCUUCAGCCUGCCGGAGAGUGAGCACCCUCUGUCAGUGUGCGAGAACGGCUGGCGCUGCUGCCUCAUUAACAGAGACAGGAAAACACCGACUGACUACAUUCGCAACGGUGUCCUCUACGUCACAGAGAGCUAUCUGUGUUUUGAGAGCUCCAGCUCCCGGUCGGGAUCGUCCAAGAGGAACAAAGUCAUCAAACUCAUGGAAAUUACAGACAUCCAGAAGUACAAAGUCUUGUCUGUGUUACCUGGAUCUGGGAUGGGGAUCUCCAUAGCAACACCAUCCACGCAAAAGCCGAUGGUGUUCGGCGCCAUGAUCCACAGGGACGAGGCCUUCGACGCCAUCAACACUCAGUACACGAAGAUCAACGGCAUGGCAACAGCCGACGACCCAGAGACACAGUAAAAAAAAAACUCAAGAAAACAAAGAAAUCACAAGAAAUCAGCCUACACACACACACACACACACACACACACACACACACACACACACACACACACACACACACACAGAAACUUUAACCCUUCACCCACCAGGAAACAUCUUCAAACUGCUUGAUGAAGGGCUUCAAAUCUCCGAUUGUUACGACACCAGUGAACACAUCAAACCAAUGAUUUGAUGACGUCAUCAGCCAAACAAUGCCAAAUCUGAGAGUGAGUUUUCAGUUAAUUCUCACAUUAAUGGCUGGAAACAUAACAAAUAAAGUCCAGUGAAAACACGUGAUCAAUUCAACAUAAAGUAACCGGUACAUCUCCGCUGCGUUAAAACAGUCGGUGUAGGACUCAUGACGUACUCACCACUCUGCAGAAAUCACUAAUGCUGUUCCUACUGUUGUUGCUUCCACUCUGCCGUUUUAUAGUCCCCGUCGAGCACCAACUCUUGAAACUUAAUUCUUGCACAAACGCUUCAUCUUCAAAGUCUUCCAAGGGCACAACCCCUCCCUAACUUGGACGGCUCGUUAUGUUCUUCUCCUCCGCUUAACGUUAACAAAAAAACACGGGAUAGUUCGCCGCACAAUGUAUUAGCCCUGAAAUGAUGAAUAGAUUAGCAGAAAUUUAACCGACGACACACAUUAUAAAGUAUUACUCCUUUAAGUAACAUUUUAAUCCAACUCCCAAACGUUUGAGUCUGCUGCUUUUCUCUGUCGUUUCUAUUUAAGAUGAAUAUCUUCAAGUUUGGGAGCGUUGGUUGGCGGGAACAAAACGUUAUAAUGAUGACGUCAUCUUUUUAACCCCUUAUAAUUGUGACUGAUGUUUUUGUUUUGUUAUAAAUAUGAUUAUUGAGACAAUAAAAAGACAGCAUUUUACUCAAACAGUUCAGGCUGGCUACACUGGACGAUUUUCAAAUCUUGACCAAUUUUUUUAAACGUGGGAGAGGACAGAUUCAACCGAUUUCUAACGUCAUAGUCCACUAGACCAGCGGACCCAAAAGUGGGUAGCUUAGCCGUUUUCAGAAGGUCGCAAAAGUGCCUGGGGAAAAUGUGUGCCUCUUUGUUCCGUCACACGUUUUGUACCAUCUGAGGUCCAAACUGCACCUUUUUUAUUAGACAAAUCUCAUUGGCUGAAAAAAUAUCAGAAAUUUUGGUUGAAGUUUUCUCAUUAAGGAGUAAUGAGUCCUGAAUCUAGACCAGUUGAGAACCAGCGUUCUGUUUUGUACUCGUGUUGUUUCUAUAAUUCCAUAAGCUGGUCUCUUUUUUCAAUAUUCCACUCGGCUUGGUGCACAGUUGUGUUUGUGAGCUGUAAAAGUUGGUGACACUUCCCGGUCGGCUCGCUCUCAUUGGCUAUUGCUGGUAUUCAGUCAGAGGCAGCUUGAUCUGGAAUCAUAAAUUUUAAACAUAUUUGGUCAGGCUGCGACUUUUUUUGGAGCAGUAAAAUGAUCGCAUUGACACCGCACACUUAAUCCGCACAGGAUUAUUUGGACAAAUAAUCGUUAAACCUUGAAUCAGGCCUUGAAUCUUCUAGUGUGUAGCCAGCUUUAGAGAACGUAGGAGACACUUGCAUCAAACUAUGCAGCCUGUCUUGCUUUCCUGGUGGUUUUAAAGCCUUUAUGAAAAUGUAAGACUUUGGCGACUAUUAGUGGACAUCUUAAAAAUUACAGUUUGUCCCCGCUGUAUCCAGCAAUCAUACCAAAACACAAAGACCAUGUGUCAAUUUGUCUACAGUGUUUUCCGUUUUGUGUCGACUGACAUUUCAAAACUUAAAAUAUUCCUGUUCAAAUUAUUUAAGACGGAGAAAAGAAGCAAAUUCUUAUAUUAGAAUAUUUUGAAUUGAAUUUGUUUUUUACAGUGUAACGAGCAGUUAAACACGUUUAAACGUCAUUAUUUGCAUUAGUGUCUUCAGGGAAAUGUAAAAACUUCAGUGUCUGUAUUUACUGAGCAGUUAAGCCUUACAGUCUGUUAAUAUUACAAAAUGUUGUUCUUUAUAUGGUGGAAAAUAUUUCUCUUCAGUAUGAAUGUCCUAAAACUAGCUUGUGUGCAACAUUUGAUGUAGCAUUAAAUCACAAAUUAACCACAGUGGUUAGCACAUUUUCUUUCUUUGCUUAAAAAGCUAAAGCUACGCUAUCACAACCUGUACUACUGUUUGGUUUCUAUCACAGUUAAUUCAGCUUUUUCCAAAAUGUCUCUCAACUUUAGCUUUCCUAGUGGCUAAUGUAGCUAAAGCUAAAUACUAACAAAACAAUGAUGUAAAAUUUGAGAUUUUAACAGCACUUUUACCUUACAGGUGUUCGUUGUUUUCGUUGUCAAUCAGCUAAGGGGAUAAAAAAAGAGCUAAUUGUUACGUGAUGUGUUCAUAUUGUAAUUUCCCUUCUUGACUUCUUUAAGCCUAGCUAAUCGGCUAAAGCUAAACUAGCCAGACAACAGAAGAAAGUGCUGAGAAGUUUUUGUUUUCUAGCUUUCAGUUUUAAAUUUCACAGAGCUCAAAGGUGACAAAAAACAACUGAUUGGUUCACAGAAAAAAAAAAACAGGUUUUGCCUUUUAAAGGAAGAGUGUGCGAGUAAAUGAGUGAGAAGCGAGAGUCCCGCUGACUGUGUUGUUGUCGGAGCUUGUUUACAUGGACGGGAUGGCCUUGCGUAUUAAGCUGUUUUAGUCGAGGACUAGAGAAAAGAAUAAGAACAUACUCACUGCUUAUUUUAAUAUCACGUAAGCGUUUUUACAUCAUGGUCGUUCUUUGUCAAUUUAUAUGCAAAGUGAAGCUACUAGCUAACUAAGGUGUGCUAACAUUAUCCUGCUAACACAACACUGCAGGCCACAGGCAAUUGUGGCUCAAGCUAAGGACAAUUUUAUGCGAGCGCGAGGGGAGAGGGGUUGAAGGUGUGUCGCUGGAGGAGAGCGGAGGCUUCAGAAUAGCGGCCGUGUUGCCAAACAGAAGUUUGUUUUGGUUUAGUGCUGGCAUCUACUGGAUCAAAAAGUCGCACAUUCUUCCUUUAAAUUAAAAAGAAUUGCUCUCAAAUUGUCAGUCUGGUUAAAAUGAGCCUUCUGGUGUUGAAAUGUUUAUUUAAAAUCUGAUGUGCUGUUUUCCUUUAAGUCCCACCAUUCAUCAACAUCAGUGUGAUUUUUGUUGUAAUUUUUACAAAUGUAAAGUCUGACACUGGAUUAGGCUAAAGAGCAGCUAUGGAGUUUUUAAAGUGUGUCUGUAACUUUGUUUUUUUGUCUGUUUCUCACAGGAAAUGAGUGUACUAAUAGUCGGCCCUAAGUAUGGAAGCCCUAAGAGGAUUUAACUCCAUUUUCCAGUAAGGAGUACUUUUCGAUUGGUUACUCGAGGUCUCGACUUAAUUAUCUUGUUUACUCCGGAUAAUCAACGCUGGUCGUCCCGUGAUAGCUUGUUGAAUUUAGUUUUCUCUAAAUCUCAAGACAUAAACUCAUCCUCGAGGGAAAAUCAGGAUUUUCUCAGGAUAACGACAAUAAAUGGUUUGAGAUCUUGAGAAAACGAAUGGAAAUAAUUCCUUAUUGCAGUAAAACAGAGUAAAAUAAAAUGCAUCCGCCUUCAGCGUAAAAGAACGCUGUGUCCUAUAUAUUAUAUACCGGUGCGACCAAUAUACCAGUAUAAAAUACUGACACACGCACCGCCAUGACCACUAGUGCAGCUGCCACAGUCACAUAUUAAACAAGACCGGACACUAUUGAGAAUUUGGCCCCAUUCAUUGUGUAUUUCAAAAAGAAACUGCACGAUUUGGACUUUAUUCAAUACUGUGGAAAUCAUCACGCCGUUUAAGACCGUUUAAACUUUUCGUUUUUAUGGAAGUCGCCCAAAAACUCUGUCCUUAAUUACCAGUGCCACAUAUAAUCUGGAUGUUAUGGUUUGUCUGCUUAGGGCUUCCGUACCUAAGGUUGUAACACCAGCAUUUGUCGCAUUCAAAUCCCAUCAUCUCUCCUUUUGUAAGGAAAUUUCUUAAAUUUACAUCCUGACCAUUAACACCCAUUAAAAUGAAGAGUUCUUUUAAUGAGUAGAUGAUAAGAUAGACUUCUUCUAACCACCAUCGGCACAUCAAACAUCUGAGACAUUGGUUUGUUUUCUUCUCAAGUCCACAAAAUUCUUCAUCACUUUGUUUUUAAAAACACAGUGUUGGUAAAUCUUUGUCACUGUUCAGAUUCUGCCACACAAAGCUCUUUUGUUGCCAAAUGUUUUUGUUAUACAAAAAGUUCUAAGUGUUAAAUUUUUUUUGCAGUAUUGAUGCCAGUUGUUUACGCCAUGUUGCCUCAUUCAGACUUUUGUAGUUUUAAUGUCUUUGAUUCAGCUCCUAAUCCUCAUCAUGUAGUUGUAGUUGAUCCGGUUUUAAUUUGGUCCUGUUUAAAAACCUGUGAGCAUUUCUCUAUGUUGUGUUUUUCGGAUGUAAGGGUUUUAUAAAAUGGUGUCAUUGUACGACUGGUGUAAUAUUUUUAACUGAAAUAAUUUCCGUUGUAAUUAUGUGAUUUUGAUUUUUUAUUUAAGUAAAAUCAAAUGUCAAACCUCAA